AAAAUUUCAGCACCAAGGACAGCUGUCCAGCAGAGACUCGCGUGAGGAGUGAGGGUGGGUGUGUGCAAAGGGGGAGUGUGCCGUGAGAGAGGGAGAUAUUUUCAGAGGGGACAAUCAAGGAGAGCAUUUGUUGGGAUUAGGCCCGUGCUUUAGGUUGGAGUGGAUUACCCCGGGCUGCUCUGGAAAUGAGCCGCGCUUUAUCGCCUGAUGAGCUUCUCGGCUUCUCCGUCCGCUCCAACUGAUCACGGCACCUGAGGCGCAGCCUGACUCUUCCCCUUCGCAAUCACCGCCGAGGCUUCUGCCCUCUAGCUGCAUGGAAACAUGACCGACGUCCCCCAAAUCGUUAAAAUCGGGAUUUCCCUGAAGAUACUUCCAAAUAACGGCGCGGUGUUCUUCAAGUCGGACGGCGCUCGGUUCGGACAGACGCGGACCAUCAAGCUGCUGACAGGAUCCAAGUACAAGAUCGAAGUGGUGGUGAAACCAGGAGCAGUUCAGGCCACUUCAAUGAGUGUGGGUGGAGUGACCUUUCCCUUGGAGCAACAGUCCAAAGACCCCCAGUCUGUGGUCUACACUGGUCAGUACGACACCGAGGGGGUUGCACACACCAAGAGUGGAGAAAGGCAACCAGUUCAAAUCAGUAUACAGUUUGCAGAGGUGGGAUCGUUUGAAACCGUAUGGCAGGUAAAGUUCUACAACUACAACAAGAGGGAGCACUGCCAGUGGGGCAACAGCUUCAACAGCAUCGAGUACGAAUGCAAACCUAACGACACGCGCACGCUCAUGUGGAUCAACAAGGAAAUGUUUGUUUGAUGGCCGGAAGCGGGAGGAAAGAUGUUGGGGGUGUGUCUGUCAACAUGCUCUCCCUCCUUCAUCCGUCUGUCAGUGUCAGAAAAGACGAAGCUCUUUGCAGUGGAAACAUACCCAUCCUCUUCUUUUCUGUGAGAAAUUGCAUAUGUUGCCAUGAAAAUACAAAUGUGCGUGAAGAUGAUUCUUCUGUCUCUUUUUGUGUUCCAGAACAUUGGAAAUAACAGUUAAUUGUUAAAAACAAAAUCCAUAUAUAUGUGUGCAGUAACGUAACUGUGUUAGUUCACCUGUUUUUACAUGGAGUAUGAGUGUUUGUUUUACAGAUGGUGCUACAGAUGUGUUUAUCCGUAUGUGUGUGUUUUUAAACUACAUGCAGUACUGCAGAAAUGUCUUAAGAUACAUUAUUUAUUUAUUUUGAUUUUUUUUUUUGUUUUAAGCUGUUUAGCACUGACCAGAAUUCAAAGAAAUUCACCAAAACCAAUGAUUUGGUGUUGUCUACCUUUAACAGACAACCUAUGCUGCAAAAACUAUCUAAAAAAAAAAAGAGUUAACAUUUAAAAUAAAUGUAUUUACGCUCAAUUUGAGAGAGUAAAUAAGAUGAUCUGCCAAUAAAUUGAGUAUU